AUGGUCAACACAAUAACCAAUGCUUGAACUUCCGGCUACGUCAACAUCACCGACAUUAAAGGCGGCAAAGUCGCUUUCGGAGUCCAAGACGACGAUAGCCAGCUCACAGCUCACUACGUCAAAUCCAUCUUCGAGAAGGCUUACAACAUCUCCGUCCUUCACAUCAGUCAAGUCUUGACCUCGCCGGAGGCAGAAGCUCCCACCGCAAGCCCUAGCGAUCUCAUUCUCACCACAAUCCUAGAGAAACAAGGAUGCAAAGCUUUCUCCGACAUCUUGAAAUCCACCGGCGCCGACAAAACGUUCCAAGAUACCGUCGACGGAGGCCUGACGGUGUUCUGUCCGUCCGACGCCGCCGUCGGGAAGUUCAUGCCUAAAUUCAAAGCUCUCUCCGCUGCGAACAAGACGGCGUUGGUCUUGUACCACGGCAUGCCGGUUUACCAGUCGCUGCAGAUGCUUAGAUCAGGUAACGGAGCCGUUAACACGUUAGCAACGGAAGGUAACAACAAGUUUGAUUUCACCGUUCAGAACGAUGGAGAGGAAGUGACGCUUGAGACUGACGUUGUGACGGCGAAGAUCAUGGGGACGUUAAAGGAUCAAGAGCCGUUGAUAAUUUACAAAGUCGAUAAAGUUUUGCUGCCGAGAGAGAUUUACAAAGCCGUUAAGGCCGCGGCUCCAGCUCCUAAGGCAAGUAAGCACAAGCCUAAGAACGCGGAGGCCGAUGAAGACGCUGAUGGACCUGGCGCUGAUGCUCCUGCGGACGACGACAGUGAAGUUGCUGAUGAUAAAAACGACUCCGUUUCGGUGAUGAGUAACCGAAGGAAUACUGUCACGGCGAUUCUCGGGAUCUGUUUUGGAGUUUGGCUCAUGUGA